AUAUUUACAUUUCAUUUAAAUGUAUAAAUGAAAACACAGUUGGAAAGAUGAACGACGCGACGUAUUCCUAAAUCGUAAAUGAGUAAUUCUAGUAAUCGUUUAGGAAUUAUGUACAUACAAGCAGAAGUUCUUGUUUAUAAUAAGGUGGGCAAAGGUUCUGAUCUGUGUGAUAAGGCGUGUGUAUCUUCCCCAUACACCGUGAAGCGGCGUCUGCAGACGAGAAUAGGAAGAGAUUAGCAAAACUCCAUUGUGAGGUAACAACUGCCAUACUGCAUGACUUCUACAGCUGCAUCACUUCUGCAGCUCCUACAGUAUCUUCUAGCUCAGCCUCCUCUUGACUUGCAGGAGAGCAAUCUUCGUGAACAUGCAAGCAGAUGUUGAACCUCCCGAAUGGCUGAACAAGCAGUACAUCGAGAGGGCACUACGAGAAGGCGAAAAUAAAGAGAUAAAUGUGAAGAAAAUUAAUGUCCACUCUGCAACUUCAGCUGGGGACAAUUUUUGCAGCAUCGUGUUCAGGGUCACUGUUACGUACGAAAUAAAUUGUGGAACAAAAGUAAAGGUUUACACCAAAUCACUUAUUGUCAAAACGCCUCCAGAAGAAGAGAACGCGAAGAAAAUUGUAGCAGAAAACGACGCAUUCCUUACAGAAAUUGAAGUUUUGAGGAAGGUGAUCCCAAAAUUUCACCGCCUCCUAAAUGCCCCUCCGUCUGAGAGAAAUAUUUCCCUUGCAGCAAAGUGUUACCAUCACACCGACAAACCUCACUAUACGCUUGUUCUAGAGGAUCUCUGCCAGUCGGGGUUCAAGAUGGCGCAAAAUACUCUUGGACUCGAUCUGGAUCACAGCAAGCUGGUUGUUUCCCACCUUGGAUUGAUCCAUGCCGCUUCCUGCGCUGUGCACCAUCAGGAACCACAAUCGUUCUCCAGUUUUCUCCAGUACCCGCACCUAAAGACGACUCAAUCCAUCAAAACCGUAUUGAAAAUUUCGUUCGAGAGAGCCGCCAAUGAGGUUAGGCAGUGGCCUGAGGUGGGCGAGAAGUACUAUGACAAACUGCAUCGUCUAGGCGAAAACGCAUUCCAGCUCCUAGAAGAGGCAGUUCAGAGGGAUGACCAGGGGUUUAACGUGCUGAACCAUGGAGACGCCUGGAAGAACAACAUGAUGUUCAGAUACGAUGUUGAUGGGAAAGUGUCCGACAUGACUUUCGUGGACUUCCAGUUCUGCUACUAUGGCUCGCCUGCAAUAGACCUUCUAUUUUUCUUGUACUCCAGCACCAGUUCUGAUGUGAGGAGAAACCAUUUAGACCGUCUCCUGGAGGUCUACCACUCGUCGCUGUCGAAGACGCUCACCAGGCUGGGUUGUGUCGACCAGUGCCCAUCUCUGGCCGAAAUCCACGUGGAACUAGAUAAGAGAAGAUUUUUUAGUCUCUUUUCUGCUUUAUUUGAGCUCUCCGUAAUAUGCGCUGAGUCUCCAGAUGUAGAGGGAAAGCUUUAUGACCAGGACACAAAAAAUCCAGUCAGUUACUUUAGUGAGGCUUUCAUUUGUGAUUUUAUAGACAUUUUGUCGAGUAUAGAAAAUAAAUCUUGGUUUCAGUAAAA